CGUCCACAAUCCGCGGCCCCGGGCGCAGCACAGUAAUUCGGGUUGCCUUAUGAAGGUGGCGGUCACUGGCGCCUCGGGCUUGACGGGCUCGCUCGUCGUGCGUAAGCUGCAGGAGCGCGGGCACACGCCGCUGGCUGUCGUCCGGUCGCAGGACAAGGCGGACGAGCUGUGCGCCAGCUAUGCGAAUCUGGACGUUGCCCUCGCGGACGUGACUGGGCCGGACGCAAGGGCGAGCCUGGAGACUGCCCUCGGUGGGGCCGAUGCGCUCAUCAUCUGCACGAGCGCAAAGCCAAAGCUGGACUUUUGGUCGCUUCCGGGCGUCAUCUUUGGCAAGAUGAUGGGCAACAAGGACGCCAAGCCCCGCUUCUCCUUCCCCGCGGGGGCGGCGCCGCGCGAUGUCGACUACGAGGGAACGCGAGUGCAGAUCGCCGCGGCCAAGGCGGCGGGCGUGUCGCACGUGGUGCUGCUCUCCUCGAUGGCAGGCACGCUGCCGGAGCACUUUCUGAACGUGUCGAUGGACAAGAUCGUGCUUUGGAAGCGGCGCGCCGAAAUGGAGCUCAUCGCCUCCGGCUUGGAGUACACGGUCAUCCACCCCGGCGGCCUGCUCCCGCACUAUGGCCAGAAGGAGCCCGCCCCAGGCGGACAGAGAGCGCUGGUCGUGGGGGUGGACGAUGCGCUGAUGGAGCGCGACGCCGCCGGGCGCGUCAUCCCUCGCGAGGACGUGGCCGCGCUCUGCGUGCUCGCGCUCGACACGCCCGAGGCGCGAGGCCGCUCCUUUGACGUCGUGAGCAGCCCGCCUGGCGAGGGCGCCGCCUUCUCCGGCGACAUGGCGGCCCUCCUCUCCAGCCUUUCCGGCGAGAACUGCGACUACUCGAAGCCGGCCAACCUGGAAGAGCUGCUGGGCUGAAGAGGCUGUGCGCUUCGCGUGCAGAGAUUUGUGGUACUUUGGCCCGCGCGGUUCGAGCGUUCGAGCAGGCUUUUGAGUUUGGCUCUUUGGCUGUUUCUAUUCGUUUGGUGAGAGUAACGUGUGUCGGUCGGGUGGCCAGCAAAUAAAUUGUUUUGUAUAUUUUAUUAGACGGUCUGCGUGAUCGC